GUUUACGUAAAUUUCUUGCUGCCGGUUGUAGGAAAAUUUGUGUUAGAAUUUAGAAAAAUAUAUUAAGAAAAAAAAAGAGGUAUGAAUCAAGCAGAUGUAAGCAAAUUAAUGUCGCAAUUGCGAAUUUCAAUACAAGCAAAGAAGCGUAAUUUAAAAAAUCCGAAAGGACCAGAAGGCAGAUUGCUGAAGCUACGCAAAACGGUCACAGCUCUUCUUAAACAUGAACGUAUAGAAUUGUACUAUAAUCGAGCAGAUGAAGCUCGAGGAUACGCUGAAUUGUUAAUUUCUAAUGCUAUCCGUUAUGGGGAUCGUCACAUAGCUACCAUGGAAUUAGCAGAUUUUUGGUUGUUAGAAAAGCAAUUAGUCCAUAAGUUAUUUAAAGUGUUGGUGCCGCGUUUUGAGAAUAUGAGUGUAUCCUAUACCCGCAUGUAUAAAGCACCAAGAGAUUACCCGGGAAUGUACUACAAGAAAUCUGUACUGGAAUUGAGAGGCAAUCCUUACCCGUCAUUAAUACCGGAUUACUCUCACAACCGUACUUUUUUACAUAAUAUACUCUUGGACGAAGCCCGUAAGGAUUAUAAACGUGAAAAAUUCGCCGAAAUAGCCAAUAAACUUAAAGCGCAAAGUGCCGACGAUACAAGUAAAGGGUCAGAAACUAAAUCUCAGACACAAGAGACUACAUAAGUCAUAUGGAAUAUUAUUCAUUACUGGCAAUGCCUUAGAUAUCAGCUGCCUGUGCUUUAAAAAUAUUUGUUAAGGUAAUGAAAGUAAUAAUGAUAACUGGUGGAAAAUCUUCGUAGCCUUUGUUUAUUCCUUUGGUAAUUUCAUUCACUUAAAAUAAAUAAAAAAGUUUUCUUUUAAUAGUUUUGCG